AUCAUCUCUUUUUCUUCGUUGGAUCGGCAAAUCAUGAGUUCACAAAACCAAAACCAAAAAAAAAUCAUGAGUUCAUCAUCUCCCCUCUCGAUUAACGAUCUCAUGAUUCUCAUCCCGAACGUUUUGUCGAGAUUGCCUUCAAAGUCAGUGGCAAGGUUUCGUUGCGUGUCGAAGCGAUGGGCAUCAAUGUUGAGUAGUCCAUCUUUCAAGGAGUUGUUCUUGACCAGGUCCUUGGCUAAGCCACGCCUCUCAUUCGCCAUCGCAGAAAACGGCAACGAACCAGUAGAAGUUUGUGUGUGGAACUUCUUCUCGCUGCCUCAGCUUGAGUAUCCAUAUGAGCAAUCAUCUAAGAAUUCCAACAUGACCCUUGUAGCAGCCGCCGAAUUUUAUGUGAGAUUAUCUCCAGGCAAAGUACGGAUCAAUCAUUUUACUAACCUAAAAUAUUUUUCAUGUGGCUACGCCUCUGGCUUGCUCUAUAUGUAUGGUGAUCGAUACCAAGCUAGACCUCUUAUAUGUAACCCCAUCACGGGACGGUAUGCGAUUUUACCUUAUCAGUAUACUUACCGAAAGGCUUAUAGCUUUUUCGGGUUUGACCCGAUUGAAAAGCAAUACAAGGCAUUGUCCAUGGCUUAUGAGGGUGGUCCUGGCCGUAAUAAAAUUCUUACACUUGAAGAUGGAGAUCUGACGUGGAGAAGGAUCAAAUGUCCCAUACGACAUGAUAUUAAGAGUGAUGGGGUAUGCAUCAACGGGGUUUUGUAUUACUUGGGUAAUACGUCAGAUUACGUGAUAGUUUGCUUUGAUGUUAGGUCUGAAAAAUUCACCUUUAUUGAUGUAGAAAGGUUUUGUCGAUUGAUAAACUAUAAGGGCAAAUUAGCUGUGAUUUUUUGGGAGGAUGAUGAAGACAUUUAUGAGAAGUAUCAUUUGGAUUCGGAUGUCUACAUUCAUAUGGAGAAUCGUCCUCUCCACGCUGAUCCCACUAAUGAGUUACGCGUGUGGGUUUUAGAGGAUGUUGAGAAACAAGAAUGGUCGAAAUAUGAGUACACUUGGACCGAUGAUAGAUUUUUCCGUCGUCACGUUUCCGUCGUUGGAGCGACUGCUUCGGGUGAUAUAGUGUUUUCGAUGCGCAAGUAUAAAUCUAACCAACCGUUUUAUGUUUUCUACUUCAAUCCCGAAAAGAAGACACUCCAACGUGUUGAAAUCCAAGGUUUUGGUGAAACUUUUAAGAAAUGUUUUAGCGUUCGCACUUUUGUGAACCACGCAGAGGAUCUUGAGGCUAAUGAUUUAAAACUACUCAAGUCAGUCCAUCCUCCAUUGGAGAACGCAGGAUAUGUAGAACCAUCAGAUUCAGAUUCAGACUAA